CUUGGGCGGCGGUCAGCUGACCCAGGGGCCGUCGCGGAGUAAGGCCGCUUGCCUGGGCUUCUGAGUCGCCGCAGCCAUGGCCAGUCAGUCGCAGGGCAUCCAACAGCUGCUGCAGGCGGAGAAGCGGGCCGCUGAGAAGGUGUCGGAGGCCCGCAAGCGAAAGAACCGGAGGCUGAAACAGGCCAAAGAAGAAGCUCAGGCUGAAAUUGAACAGUACCGCCUGCAGAGGGAGAAAGAGUUCAAGGCCAAGGAAGCUGCGGCCCUGGGAUCCCAUGGUAGCUGCAGCACUGAAGUGGAGAAGGAGACCCAGGAAAAGAUGACCAUCCUGCAGACCUACUUCCGGCAGAACAGGGAUGAAGUCUUGGAUAAUCUCUUGGCCUUUGUCUGCGACAUCCGACCAGAAAUCCACGAAAACUACCGCAUAAAUGGAUAGGAGAAGAAAGAAGCCCUAUUUUCUGGUUGGCGCUUCAGAACAUGAAGUGCCUUGUGGAAUACGAAGCUUAGCAGAGCUUGAGUUCUGUUUUUACGAAAGGCAUUAAAUUAUUUCUCUGUUAUGUAGUAGGUCCUUUUGGAGAGUAGCAAAUCUAGCUUCUUUGUUCGGCCUUAGUCCUUAUCCAAAGGUUUCAUCUUUUUACCUCAUCCUUCUUAGAAAUUUAAUGAGUAUGUGUUAUCUGUUUUCCUAUGCUUUCUAGAUCAAGCAGCGAUGUAUUAAUACUGACUUUUUCUUCCUUAGAUCUAGUAGAAAAAAAAAAUUCUUUGAAGAAAGAAAGGGAUUAAAUAUUUUUUUUUCCCUUAUACUUUCUUGAAGGUCAGGGGCUUUAUCUAUGAAAAAGUAGUAAAUAGUUAUUUGUAACUUGUCUAAAGCUGCAGCCAGCCUUAAAGUCAUUCAUUCUGACUAAGGGUUAGAACAAUGAAUAGUAACGUACUUGUUUGGGCUGCUGUUAGUUUAUUUUAAUCAAAAUUACUAGAUGAUAGGACUCAAGAACUUGUUACAUGUUAUUAUUUGGUGUACUGAUAAUCAUUUAAAAGUAAAGACUUUGCCAUACA